AUGUUUUGCAGGUUUCAAAAGCGAGAAAGAGAAAUGGGGCUAACAUUUACGAAGCUUUUCAGCCGGCUUUUUGCCAAGAAGGAGAUGCGUAUUCUGAUGGUCGGUCUUGAUGCUGCUGGUAAGACCACAAUUCUGUACAAGCUCAAGCUUGGGGAGAUUGUCACGACCAUCCCUACCAUUGGUAUGCCCAUUUUCCUUUCUGUUGAUGAGUUGAGGGAUGCUGUACUACUUGUGUUUGCCAACAAGCAAGAUCUCCCUAAUGCAAUGAAUGCUGCUGAAAUAACUGACAAGCUUGGCCUUCACUCUCUCAGGCAGCGCCACUGGCUUAAAAGCUUUUGUGGAGCUGUUUGAACGAAAGCUAAAUGCGAAAUGCUGGCAAGUUUUUGUCUGGUAUUAUGUCAUACUAGUAUUUUGGCAAUAUAUACUUUACAUAUUUUAUGGUGUGGCUUUUUACGUUUAGGACCUUUGUAUUGGCUGUAUGACAGGCAAUGGUUUGUUUUCUUGCCUUCUGAUGUUAUUUGUUUUAUCUUUUAAUUUGGUGCUUAGAGACAUAAGACUAAUUGGUUUUGUAUGAAAUUGUGUUUUGAUUUUGUAUUAAAUUUUCUGGGCGUGUGAGCUUUGGGAUGAACGGUUCUAGUUACUUUUUGUGAUAGUUGAAUUUUAUUAUUUAAUUUAAUACAAACUUGGGGGGCAAACAGCAUAAUAACCUUUGCUACAAAAUUAGGUCCGGUAAAAUUGUGAUAAUC